CUGUGGUUGAACACCUCGAGUGAUGAGUAGAAUAGCAUACGUCUCUGAAGCAGGCAGCUUGAAGAAUUAGAAGAGAAGAUAUUUUUUUGAAGAAGCUUGAUUGUGAGGAUGAUGAAUCUAAUAAUUCUUGGCUUGUUCUUUUUUGGAAAAUCACAAGGAUGACGACAUGUUGACAUGGAGUACCUAGGAAUCCAUAUUUGCGUUAUCUCUUCGUUUCAUAGUGGUUUCGGAUGACCAUCAUGCCGGAGACGGAGACGCUGAGCCUGACGAACAACUGUAAAGCAAACAUGCAGUAUGGACCUUUUCUGUGCACUUCCUAUCAUAGAGCAGUCGGGCGGGGAGACGGUCGAGUGCCUGGCCUACGGCUGUAAUGUGCUUUACGUGGGAACGUCAAGCGGAAGCGUGCUAUCCUUUACCGUAGCCGCUUCGAACCGAACGGAGGAAGAGGUGCGCAAGUCUGGCGUCUUCCAGCGCAGAGUGAAUCUACUCAGGGAUUCUCCACCAGGAAAUGCUGGAGCAGCACCAGUUAAGGCUAGUUUUUCAUCAUGCCGUGUGAUAUGGUAAGUGCAUCGAUCGCGAGUGAAAAAAAAUGACGCUCAAUUUACUCUAACUGGAAUAUGUCUGCUGAGAAGGCAAGCCAGUCACUUGCUUUGAGGAGAGGGACGAUGAAAAACUAGCGCUAAUUCAAGAAUCAAGCCGGGCUCCGGGGUUGCGGAGAUCAUAUGCCCAGAAGGCAGCAACAGCCGGAUAUUCGCUGUUUGCGAAUCUGGGAUUUACAUUCUUCCAGGAAGUCUUUCCAAUGCGGGAACUGUACUUGCUAAAAAUGCUCUCUGUUUCGCGCUGCAGACAGAUUCCCAGGGGUUGCAGUCGACGAUCGAGCAGUUUCGCGGCUAUGACGUAGAUCACGCUCACAUCUGUGUCUGCAGUAAGCGCAAGUUGCAUCUCUUUCGCCCGGCCGCAGGAGGGCGACCUCAGGUAUUCUUGAGGAUUUAUUUUGACAGACAGGCUCUAGGUUUGUGAAAUACAACUGCAAGGUGCUACUCGCGAAGUUUUUUCUUGUUUCUACGACAACAUGAAUAGGGGAAGAUGAGAAUCUCGAGAAUAUGUUGGUUCAGCCACGUAAACCUCUGUAUCUUCACACAGGACCGGGGUGGCGCUGGGGACCCUGAUGAUGUCGGCAGCUUGAAGUAUGAGCUUUACCAAGAGAUUGCUCUCGAGCGACCGGGGGAGCCGAAGGAGCAGGGGCGCGGAGGCCCCUUACUGUGCCGAUGGCAGCGGCGCAGCAUCGUGCUAGGCUUUAAGCGCGAGUACGUGCUAGUAAACCAGGAGGAUGGGAGUUUACAGACGAUUUUUCAGCUCGACGGUGUGCCGCGAGUUCUACUGCUUCCAGAAGAGGAGGUUUUGCUGCUCCAUCAAGACCGCGUUGGGCUGUUCUUUG